AUGAGUGCAAAUCCUGAGAUAAACCUAUCCCGGCCUACACCAGACUACGCCGAUGAGAAAGUUCAACAUGACGAUUUCAAAAAAUCCCCAGAUGGAUCCACGAAUCUAUCGCCGGCACAUACACAAUCCAGCUCGGACGACAUUGUCUACCAUUAUCUAGACUUCGAUACGCCAAUUCCUCGCCCUUCCUACCUUUCAGCUCCCUACGAACUCCGCACUACACCGCCAGAAGAGCCGGAUCUCAAGAAAUACGAGUCGCCAUUCAAGUGGUCGAAGAGCAGGAAGCAGGCGAUAACUUGGCUUUCAUGCCUUGCAACAACAGUCACAGCGUAUGCCGCUGGCAGCUAUACUGCUGGUGAUGCACAAAUGGAGCAAGAGUGGGGAGUGUCCCGCGUCGCCAUUACAGUGGGAGUGACCAUCUUCACAACCGGGUUUGCCAUCGCACCUAUGAUCCUGGCUCCAUUCUCCGAGAUUAAUGGACGUCGGCCUAUGUUCGUGGUCACUGGUAUUCUCUACGUCAUCUUCCAGAUCUGCUGUGCUGUUACCCGAUCGUACGGUGGUAUGCUCAUUUCGCGCUUCCUCAAAGGUUGUGCAUCAAGUACGUUCAGUACGAUGGUCGGUGGAGUGAUUAGUGACAUCUACCAUGCCGAGGAUCGAAACACUGCCAUGGCCCUCUUUUCUGGCGCUGCCCUUUUUGGUACAGGACUGGGACCUCUGGUGUCAUCUUUCAUAGCCUACUACACAACCUGGAGAUGGAUCUUUUAUCUGCAGGUCAUUACUUGCGGAACGGUCCAGAUCUUGGUGAUCCUGUUCUUCAAAGAAUCACGAGGCUCAGUGCUAUUGUCUAAAAAGGCCAAAUGCCUCAACAAGUAUUACGACAAACUUGAAGCCGCAGGUUUUACAGGGGUCGAUAUGCCCAGCGAUACGAUUUCGGGCAAGACUUCAGUUCAGAGGAUACGCUGGAAAGUAAAGAGCGACGAGGAGCGCGCCAGUCUAUUGCAGAUGAUCAAGAUCUCGCUCGUGCGGCCGUUCCAUCUACUGUUCACCGAACCCGUCGUCUUCUUCUUCAGUCUGUGGGUUGCGUUUUCGUGGGCCAUUCUCUAUCUGACCUUCGGCGUACCAUCACACAACUUCAACCUCUACCAAAACGGCUCAGUGUUUGCCGCCAUCAGCAUCGCAUCCAUAAUCUCCACCAUCAUAUCCAUCUUGGGCGAAAAGUGGACCAAACGCCGCUUCCCUCACCUUGGCGACUCUCCAGAAGGUCGAUUAUACUUUGCUUGCGCGCAAAGUAUCUUAUUACCCAUUGGUCUUUUCUGGCUCGCCUGGACAUCAGGCAGUAAUGUGCAUUGGAUCGUACCCACCCUAGCCAUCGGCUGUGCCACAAUGGGCAUCUUCAGCAUCUACCUCGCCGUCUUCAAUUACCUGGCUGACACCUAUCACCGUUACGCAAGUUCUGCGUUGGCAGCACAGAGUUUCUGCAGGAACAUGCUUGGAGGCGCGUUUCCUCUGUUUGUGCCGCAGAUGUUUAGGGCCAUGACGUUUCAGGGCGCUGGGAGCUUGUUGGGUGGUAUUGGUGCCGUGUUGACGUUGGUGCCUUUUGCGCUGUUGAUAUGGGGCCCGAAGAUCAGAGCGAGGAGUAAGUUUGCGAGUGAGAUUAUGGAUAAAUGA